AUGGGAGCAGAGCGCAGCACGAUCGCCAAAGCCGAGCCCCUCAAAGCAGCUGAGGGCCGACUGAGAGGUUUCUUUCCAAAAAUCUCUCGGCCACUGAUGUUUUCAAAGACCGGGCCUGCUGCGUUAUGGAGCUGCGAUCGUGGGACUGCCGGAGACCUGAGUUCAGCGAGUACUCAAACCGGUCUGGAUUCCAAAGACGAUUUUUCCGAGCAGAUGAGCUUUGCAUCGAUCUCCAGUCACCUCAGAGACCUGUCCUUGCUGGUGGACCCCAAGGAAGUCAUUGUAAAGAAGGAACUUUGUACCACCUGCAAGAGCACAGUGUCCAUUGCAAACUGGAAAGGCAACUUGGUUGCUGCAAAGCAACUGAAGGUUGAUUAUGAGCAAGAUGCGGAGAGCAAAGAGAACACCAUGAAGGAAUUGAUGGAUGAAAUUACCAUCCUCAGUGAGAUCAGUCAUCCCUGCUUGGUCAAGCUUCUUGGGGCCAACCUGGAUUCAGCCGAACCGCUUAUUCUCACUGAGCUGCUUGAGAAUCAAGAUGUGGAGACCUACAUGCUCAAGCAGAGGACUUCCUCCGUCGAGGGUGUCUUCAAGCCGCAUUUCAGCUUGGCAAUGCGUUGGGCUUUGAAUACUUGUGAGGCACUGGUGUAUCUUCAUGGCCUGUCACAUCCCAUCAUCCACCGCGACCUCAAGCCGUUGAACAUGUUUCUCACGAGGAGUUUGGAGGUGAAAAUCGGUGACUUUGGCCUUGCAAAGGUGAUGUCUUCGAGGAGCGACCGGGCACCAAAGAUGUCUGGGGGCGUUGGCACAUGGCGCUACAUGGCGCCAGAAGUGGUGCGCUACGAGCAGUAUGACGAGAAGAUCGAUAUCUUUGCUUUCAGUUUGAUCCUCUACUUCAUUUUCUCUGGAACGCAGCCAUUCUACUCCUAUGGGAGAGAUCCCAGAGCCGUCUUGCAAGCUUACUCCAGAGGUGAAGAGCCUCGUCCAACUCUUGGAUCUUCAGUGGGAACUCGGGAGCUCCGUGCGUUCUUGCCUCGUGCAUGGCAUCCUGAUCCCAAUCAAAGGCCCUCUGCACAGGAAUGUUUGGACAGUCUGUCCGUCAUGGAGAAACCAGGAUUGAGGAAGACCUUCAAGAAAAUCAAUAUGAAGUUGAAGAAGGGCACGGCCUACGGUCCGGGCUGCAUUCAAACACAUUCAAACACCUUCGAUCUUAGAGAGACUUGUGGCGUGUCAUUCAUGGUGCUGGUAGGCAUGGACAGAGCUUUGCAAGCCUUGGCUGCAGCCAAAGAUUGCAGCACGAUCGCCAAAGCGGAGCUCCUGAAAGAAGAGGUGCAACCGACGCACCCGAACAAAGCAGCUGAGGGCCAGCUGAGAGGUUCCUUUCCGGAAAUCUCGCGGCCACUGUUUUCAAAGACCGGACCUGCUGCGCUGUGGAGCUGCGAUCGUCAGACUGCAGGAGAUCUGAGUUCUGCAAGUACCCGAACCCGUCUCGAUUCCCAAGAGGAAUUUUCCAAGCAGAUGAGCUCUGCAUCGAUCUCCAGUCGCUUGGGCGACCUGUCCUUGCUGGUGGACCCCAAGGAAGUCAUUGUAAAGAAGGAACUUUGUACCACCUGCAAGAGCACAGUGUCCAUUGCAAGCUGGAAAGGCAACUUGGUUGCUGCAAAGCAACUGAAGGUUGAUCAUGAGCAAGAUGCGGAGAGCAAAGAGAACACCCUGAAGGACUUGGUGAAUGAAAUUACCAUCCUCAGUGGAAUCAGUCAUCCCUGCCUGGUGAAACUUCUCGGGGCCAACAUGGAUUCGGCGGAACCGCUUAUGCUCACUGAGCUGCUUGAGAAUCAAGAUGUGGAGACCUACAUGCUCAGGCAGAGGAUUUCCUCGGUCGAUGGUUUCUUCAAGCCACGUUUCAGCUUGGCAAUGCGUUGGGCUUUGAACACUGGUGAGGCAUUGGCGUAUUUGCAUGGCCUGUCACAUCCCAUCAUCCACCGCGACCUCAAGCCGUUGAAUAUGUUUCUCACGAGGAGUUUGGAGGUGAAAAUCGGUGACUUUGGCCUUGCAAAGGUGAUGCCUUCAAGGAGCAGCGACCGGGCACCAAAGAUGUCUGGGGGCGUUGGCACAUGGCGCUACAUGGCGCCAGAAGUGGUGCGAUAUGAGCAGUAUGACGAGAAAAUCGACAUCUUUGCUUUCAGUUUGAUCCUCUAUUUCAUUUUCUCUGGGACGCAGCCAUUCUACUCCUUUGGGAAGGAUCCCCGCGCGGUCUUGCGAGCUUACCGCAGAGGUGAAGAGCCUCGUCCAACUCUUGGAUCUUCAGUGGGAACUCGGGAGCUCCGUGCCUUCUUGCCUCGUGCAUGGCAUCCUGAUCCCAACCAAAGGCCCUCUGCACAGGAAUGUUUGGACAGUCUGUCCGUCAUGGAGAAGCCAGGAUUGAGGAAGACUAUUAAGGAUAUCAGUACGAAGUUGAAGAAGGGCAAGGAGCGAUUAUCAUCUUCAAAGGUGAGUCCCCUGAAGAACUGA